GACCCGUGGCCGCGCAAGGUUCCAAAUCCCCCCAUUCCGCCCGCAAGACCCAGUAAAAAGUCAAUCUUCUGGAAAUAGUUCGAGCGCCGAACAUUCAAAAAAAAAUUAAUAGCAGUAGUAAUCACUCCGAAUUUGAAUAAGUACAGUACAAAGUGGAGUCGAGGACCGGUUGGAUUACGGUAUGUAAAAACAUUGGCGAUAAAAAGGCGACUGCGCGUUAACGAGACAGAUUGAGGAAGAGACACGUAGUGGGAGGCGAUUGAAACCGCUUGUGGAGUUGAUCGUCACAUGGUAUCAAGGCUUUUUUAUUAAAAAUUGUGCGCAAGUGCAUCGCCAGGAGUUUUUGCCAUUCAAAAGACUGCAGACGCAUCGCUUCCACAAGCCGUGAGAAUGUCGAGUUCCCCAGUUCUGGAAGGUGAGGAGAGGGCGGAGCUGGUGGACGAACCACUCUUCAGCACCCUGGACAUUGUCCUUCUGGGGGCCCUUCUCCUCGCCGGGGUGUGGUACCUCAUGAGGAGAAAUAAGCAGGAGGAGUACACACCGACCACAAAAUCCUAUUCCAUUCAGCCCACGACUUACAGUGCCCCAGCGCAGUCGGAAAAUUCAUUCGUCAAAAAGUUGAAGACCUCGGGUCGUAGUUUGGUGGUGUUCUAUGGCAGCCAGACUGGUACUGGCGAAGAAUUCGCGGGGCGACUCGCCAAGGAGGGGGUCAGGUAUCGAAUGAAGGGAAUGGUCGCAGAUCCUGAAGAGAGCGACAUGGAAGAACUGGUGAACCUCAAGUCCAUUCCUAAUAGUCUGGCAGUUUUUUGUCUGGCGACUUAUGGUGAGGGUGAUCCAACGGACAAUGCCAUGGAGUUUGUUGAUUGGUUGAAGAAUGGAGAUGCAGACCUCAAUGGCCUGAAUUACGCGGUGUUUGGUCUUGGUAACAAGACCUACGAGCACUACAAUGAAGUAGCUAUUUACGUGGAUCAUCGCCUGGAGCAGUUGGGUGCGACGAGGGUGCACGAGCUGGGGCUCGGGGACGACGACGCAAACAUUGAGGAUGACUUCAUCACGUGGAAGGACAAGUUCUGGCCGGCGGUGUGUGAAUUCUUCGGGAUCGAGGGUGCUGGCGAGGAUGUCAGCAUUCGUCAGUACAAGCUCACUGAGCACCUGGACGUGCCUGCUGAGAGGGUUUACACUGGGGAGAUUGCUAGGCUGCACUCGCUGAAGACUCAGAGACCCCCCUACGACGCGAAGAACCCGUACCUGGCCCCGGUGAAGGUGAACCGGGAGCUGCACGGCCCCUCAUCGGAGCGCUCCUGCAUGCACAUAGAGUUCGACAUAUCCGGGGCGAAGAUGCGCUACGACGCGGGUGACCACGUGGCGGUCUACCCCGUCAACAGUUCGGAGCUCGUGAACAAGAUCGGUGACAAAUGCGGCGUCGACCUGGACACAGUGAUCACCCUGACCAACACCGACGAGGAGUCCACCAAGAAGCACCCCUUCCCCUGCCCCUGCAGCUACCGAACAGCCUUGACCCACUACCUGGACAUAACGGGGAACCCGAGGACCCACGUCCUGAAGGAGUUGGCCGAGUACUGCUCGGAGCCAGUUGACAAGGAGAGGCUGAAGCUGAUGGCGUCGACGACAGCCGAGGGCAAGGCCCUGUACCAGGAGUGGAUAGUCAACGACAAUCGGAACAUCGUGCACAUCCUCGAGGACAUAAAGAGCCUGAAGCCAGCGCUGGACCACCUCUGCGAGCUCCUGCCGCGUCUCCAGUGUCGGUACUACUCAAUCUCCUCGUCGUCCAAGCUCUUCCCCUCGGACAUUCACAUCACAGCUGUUGUUGUGGAGUACAAAACCCCCACGGGGAGGAUCAACAGGGGGGUCACCACCACCUGGCUGAAGGAGAAACACCCCACAGACCCACCCAGCACAGUUCCCAUCUUCGUGAGGAAGAGCCAGUUCAGGUUGCCCUCGCGUCCCAUCACUCCAAUCAUCAUGGUGGGGCCAGGAACUGGAAUUGCUCCCUUCAGAGGCUUCAUCCAGGAGAGGGACAUCGCCAGGAAGGACGGCAAAGAGGUUGGAGACACUAUCCUGUACUUCGGCUGCAGGACGAGGGACGAGGACUUCCUUUACAAGGAGGAGCUGGAGGAGUACGUCAAGAGUGGAACCCUCAAACUGCACACAGCCUUCAGCAGGGAGCAGAGUAAAAAGGUUUACGUGACACAUCUUCUGGAGAAGAACAUGGACGAGAUCUGGGACGUUAUCGGGGCGAAGAAUGGACAUGUCUAUAUUUGUGGGGAUGCUCGCAAUAUGGCACGCGAUGUCCACAAUAUUCUCCUGAAAGUUGUCCAGGAGAAGGGCAAUAUGACGGAAAUGGAAGCAACAAAUUACAUAAAGAAAAUGGACUCACAGAAGCGCUACUCCAGCGACGUCUGGAGUUGAAUAUUUUUAUACAAUAUUUUUUAUAAAUACUUUUGUCUUCAGUGUGAUGAUGGGCUCUCUGAGGCCCCUGUGGCACCCGGUGCCUAGUUGAGGGAGAGAUAAUUCUAUUCUGUAUAUAAUGCGUAACGAUUAUUGAUUAUUAGUCAAUUGAUUCAUCAUUAAAGUGGUUAAAAUGAAAUUAUCUGGGGAAGGAGUGGAUUUACGAAGAAAUGGGCUCAGACCUUUUUUGUGGGUAAUUCAAUUUCCAACGAAAAAUGUCUUGUGAGAUUUUUCCGCAAAGGCACUCAUUAAGGAGAUAAUGGCGCUUUAAUGAGAUGCGAAAAUUCGUUUAGCCACUUCACUGCUGAAUGCAUCAUUUAUAUUGUUUAAAUUCAUGUGAAAUUAUUGAUAAUGAAUAUAUUGAAUCGUUGCCCUCUGUUAGCUACAGUUCAUCGCAGGCAUUGUGUAGAUACAAUGAUCAUUUAUUGUUUAUUUUAAUGCACAUUUAAAUUAAGUGAUUCACUACCGAAAUAACUGAACAAUAAUAAAUACUAAUCGAUAGUUUAAUAAAAGUGCAAAGGGAAGGGAGAAUAUUUUACAGUUCUUGGAGAUGAAAUAUAUGUUUAGAACAAAUUUGUUAUCUUAUUUCGAUGUGAGGAAGUCAAUCGUUAUGUUGUAAUAACGUUUACGUCGAUUGUAAUUGGUAUUUGUAAUAGAAAAAUGCAGUUGAUAAUUUUUUUUUGUCUGUUA